AUGGAGGAAUGCAAAGAUUCCACGAGAGUCAACCACGCGCCGAGAGCGCCGAGAGCGACUCCGACUCCGACUCCGACGACGACGACGAGGAACGCCGGUGGGCUCUCAAAAAAAUGUGCGGUGGACGACGGAGGAAGAGGAAGAAGGGAGAAGUGCCAGGAAGAUGAUGAUGCCUUUCACGCCGAAGAAAUAGAGUACGAGGACGACGAAAAAAACUCCUCGGAGAGAUCCUCAUCACUCAUGAGAGACGAAGCGGAGAGAGAAACGGACGCCAUCCUCGUCGGUGGCUGCGAGGGAGGAGUUCUCGGAGAGGAAGAGGACGACGUCUCAAAAGAGCGACGGAUGAACCUCGUGGAGGAGUGCGUGAGAGAUUUACUCGCUGGCCUCGGCGAGGACGUUACGCGCGAAGGACUCUUGGAUACUCCGAAACGAGUCGCCAAAGCCAUGACAUUCGCCAUGAAAGGAUACGGAAAAACUGCCCGCGAUGCGCUCGGUACGGCAUUGUUUCAAGAACCCACACUUUCGAGACCGAUAACGAUGAAACAACAAGACGCGAGCGGAGAGGGUGAAGAGAGCACGCGAAAUGUAGAAGCAAAACAAGAACAACAAAAACGAGAAGGCGACGACGCGUCUAUAAUUUUAGUACGCGACGUGCCAAUAUUUUCCACUUCUUCGACUUCUAUGAUGCCUUUUUACGGCGUCGUGCACGUAGGUUACGUUCCGAAAGACGGAUACAUUCUUGGAUUGAGUAAAGUUGCGCGCGUAGCGGAAGUAUUUGCUCGAAGAGUGCAAAAUCCAGCAGGUUUAGCGCGAGAAAUUGCGGAAGCUGUUGGAGAAAUUGCAUGCGCUUCAGGUGUUGGAGUCGUUUUAGAAACCACGCAAUUAGGACCACGGAAAGGUAAUGCGAACGCAGCAUCUGCUAGAAACGUGAGUCGUCACGGCGUCGGAUGUUUGAGCUUGGGCAGAUGCAGAGAGAAAUUUGAUCGUUCUUCGGCGAUGAAGAACGAUGCGGAGGAUUAUGAAGAUGAAGAGUGUCGCGAGGGAAGAUGGACCGAAUUUGAAGGGUUGCUCGGCAUGGGUCGCGCAAAGAUACAAGAUACUUCGUCGCCUUUAGAAGGCAGUUCGCGGCGGAGCACGUCUCCGUCGGAGCGGGGAAGCUCGAAAGCUCCACCCAAAAAAGCUCUCGAAGCAUCGAUCCGACUUCUCAAAGCGAUUGGAUUAAAGUCAGCAAACGGAACUUCAACUAGCUCUAGUAGUGAAAAUCUUCUCGUGGGUUGCGGAGACGAUGAUGACGAUGACGAUAACGAUGACGAGGAUGACGAUGAUGAUGAUGACGACGACAUUACAAUGCGAGACAAUAACUCUGCUUUGGCGGAUGAUAUUUCGCUGUCAUCGUACACUUCGUUUGAGGGCAGAGCGCGAACACCGCCUUCGCCAUCUACUUUAUCAUCACCUAUCUUGUCAAGCGAUGCAGCAGGAGACGACCACAAGAACGGCAAGAAUAUUCACAACAAAAUGCCAUCAUCUGUUGUGAGAUGCAGAAGCGUUGAAGCUCCUUUUUCGCUCGCGCGUUGCGCGUUCAACUAUGCUUCCAUGAUGAAUGAAUCGGUUUGUGGAAGAGAGGUUUCCUUAGAGCAAACAGUGCAACAAAACGUACCAGAAUCGUCAUCUAUGUCGACUUUCAGGCGGUGUUUCAGUUCCACAUCGACAUCUGACGUCUCCGAACUUACGAUUGAGCGAGAUUUAUUAUUGACGACAACGUGCGAACAUCACCUGUUACCUUUUCAUGGCGUCGUUCAUGUGGCGUAUUGGCACUCCCCAGGUCACGCACUCGAUAGAAAAUUAGUUCAAGCGAUAGUAUCUAGACAAGGAAGCCGUCUGCAAGUGCAAGAGCGGCUCACUUCGGAUUUAGCGGAUGAUUUUGAGAAAGUUAUUGGUAGUCACUCCAAUGUGACUGCGGCUGGCGUGAUGAUUUGUAUCUCCGCAGCUCACAUGUGCAUGGCUUCGAGAGGCGUGGAAAAAACAGGAAGCUCGACGUGCACGGUAGCUACGCGAGGUAAGUUCGCUUCCUCUUCCAAAGCCCGCUCGAGAGUCUGGCAAAGUUUGUAA